AACCACCAUGUCCUCCACGUCGCCAGACGUGCAGCUCGUCAUCGUCUUCAAGGCCACCCCGUCCACCUCGUUCUCGAAACAACAGGUCCGUGAGGAGGCCGCAAAGGCGGAGACUCAGUACACCGCUCUCCUCGAUACUCUUCACAAUGCUGGCCUUUACGCCGUCGGUCGUCGGGGCGAGAAGCAGGGACAGCUUAUCGUUCUUGUUCGUGCGUCGAAACAGCAGCUUACUAAAUUAAUACAGCGUGAAAGACAUUCCGACUUUCUCAAUGGUCUCAGCACUGCCAGUCUGCCUGGAAAUGAUCGCGAACUUGACCCAAGCCAGCUCUCUCCCUCUGACCGUCUACGGCUGGUUCACGAAUACAUCACCACAACCCCAGACGAUGGCGGUCUCGGCGUCAGUCCUGAUUCCCAAAUUUGGGAUCGUGUAGAGUCUAUCAUGACUAUUCACGACCCAGAGUUCAACGAGGCAUGGCUGCGCUCUCUCACCAAGCGUCACAUCCGUUUCGAGCAGCUUGAUACCAUCAGAAGCGAGUUCGGCGAGGCUGUAGCAUUCUACUUCGCCUUCCUCGUUUCGUACACCCACGCAUUGAUCCCGGUCGCUGCAGCCGGCGUCCUCUUCCACUUCUUCGGAACACCAUAUUCCAUCCCAUACUCCGUCUUCCUUUUCGUCUGGUCUGUCGUCUUCACAGAAUGGUGGCGGAUCAAAGAGCGAAUGUUCGCAGUACGCUGGGGCACCCAGGGAUCCUUCCGCGUGGAGAAACGGAGAGCACAGUUUACCGAACCGAUUCCAUGGUGGAAACGCGAACUGAGAAUGCUCGUUAGCCUACCAGUCAUACUUCUUUUCGCCGGAGUCCUCUUCGCGCUCCUUACAGCCAUCUUCGUCUUCGAAGCAUUCGUGACGACGAUCUAUACAGGUCCCGGACAUCAAUAUAUCUCACUUGUACCCACCAUACUUUUCGUCGUCGCCGUCCCCCAAUUCAUGUCAGUUUACCUGUCCCUCGCCGAUCGCCUCACCGUCUGGGAAAACCACCGCCACCAAUCCUCCUUCGACUCCUCCAUAACCAUCAAGACCUUCUCCCUCUCCGCCAUCGUAGCCUACCUCGGCCUCGCCCUCUCCGCCUUCGUCUACGUCCCCUUCGGCGAAUCCAUCAUGUCCUUCGUCCAACUCCACGCCUUCCACUCCUCCACCUCCUUCGCCUCGCGGGUACCAACCACCGGCCUCAACACCACCCUCACAACCGCAGGUGGGAAGCUAAGUGCCGCAUCGGAGAAGAUCCCGGCGGGGCAAUAUCAUCAGUUGUUCGAGACGGACGUGAUGGAGGGGAAGAAUAAGUUGAAUCGGAGCAGGCUGCAGAACCAGAUGUUCGCGUUCACGGUCACGAAUCAGGUCAUCGGGACGUUCCUCGAGGUCGGUAUGCCGUAUAUUAUGCGUGCGGUGGAGUCGUUCAGAGCGGGCAAGGGCGUCACGGGCGGGAAGAAGAGGUCGAAUUCGGGGAGUGUGGCGGGGAGUGGUGGGGCGGCGGGGAAGAAGAAGAGGGUCGGGUUCGCGGAGGGUGAGGGUGGUAGUGGUAGUGGGAAGGAGGAGAGGGAGUUUUUGGAGAGGGUGAGGAACGAGGUCGCGUUGCCUGAUUAUGGACUGUUUGCGGAUUAUAGCGAGAUGGUGACACAGUUCGGGUACGUCGUCUUAUGGUCGACUAUCUGGCCUUUGGCGCCCGCGAUGGCACUAGUGAACAACAUCUUCGAACUCCGUUCCGACGCCUUCAAAAUCGUAACCCACUUCCGUCGUCCCCUCCCGCACCGCGCAGACACGAUCGGCCCCUGGCUCUCAUGUCUCUCCUUCCUCACCUGGCUCAGUGCCCUGACCAACUCCGCCCUCGUCUACCUCUUCCGUCCCGCCUCGUCUGCCAUCCCACUCUCUACCGUCCUCGAGCGCGAACACGCUUUCACCGCGGGCGGUCUCGCCACCGGCCAUGACCAUGAUUCUUCUGCUGAUGGCACGACGGAUGUGGUGGCGUUGGCGAGGACGAGAGAUUUGUAUUUGACGGCGUUGUUGAUCGCGUUGGGUGCGAGUCAUGGGUAUAUUAUCUUGCGAGUCGCCGUUAAACAUCUGUUGGAGAGGGUGGUGUGGAAGGGAAGCAUGGAGGAGGAGUUGGUCGAGGCGUCGGCUAAAGUCGUGAAGGAGAAGUAUUUGAAGAGUGUGGGCGUUGAGGUCGGGAAGCCGCAUUUACCGGGACAGACGCUGGGCGGAGCGGAUCCGUUGAAGGUGGGAGUGGAUGGGCUGGGGAGCGUGGUGGAUGAUGGGGAGGGUGGGAUGAAGGUUAGGCCGGAGAAGGUUAGGAUUGGGGAGGUGAGGGAGGAGGGGGUUAGUUCGUUUUGGGAGAGCGAUGAGGGGUUGGGGGAGAUUAGGAGGGCGCUGAAGGAUGCGUGAUGCGUGAUCUGUGUGUGUGCAUUUAUGAGAACCUGUUUGUUCUCGUUCGAGCUUUGCAGCAGCAGCCCCAUUCACGAUUGCUUGUUUUGCUUGCUGUGUUCGUCACCCUUUUUUUUCCCCUUACCAUAUGCUUUCUUCAUCUUCGCGUCGUCUCUGCCGAUGCAUAUUUCUUUUACGAACUCGGACCAUCAUUGGACUUAUUGAUAUACAGUGGAUGUACGUGAAUUUCUUAGCAGUGUAGAGUAUGUACACAUACAAUUCGUACCUACGCAUACGCAUUAAGACAUAUUUCUAGCGC